AUUAUUUGAACUUCCUGUCAUGCGGCCAUGUCGGCGCGGGACCUCUUUGUCUCGGCGGCGCGGGACUCCCUGCGUUCCGGCAGAAAGCGUCUCUCCCUCUCCCAGAGUCUGGACCUCGCCGCCCAGGUCUCGGCCGUGGAUCUGGGCCUGAAGCCCGCCCUCCUGUACGACAGCAACGGCGCCUCCGCCGAGCAGCUCCAGCGGUAUCUGGGCUCCCUGCGGUCUCUCCGGCUCGUGUCAGACUCCCUCCUCGCCCUGGAUCUGAACGGGAACGGCCUCAUCGUCAACGCGGGCGCCCUCAGACCGACUCGCCACGGCGUCCCGGCCGUCGUAGACGUGUCCGCGUCCCUGGAGAAGCCCGUCGUCUCCGGUGCGCAGAGAGGACGGCUGAAGGGCCUGGCGGCAGACCUGUCGCUCCUCCUGGAGGAGUUUCAGCGACUCGGCGAGGCGGAUGGACCUCUCUGCGUCGGGGAGAGAGCGGAGGACUGGAACCUGUGCACCGUGUUUGGUCUGUUGCUGGGUUACCCCGUCUCUUACUGGUUCGAUCAGGCCCAGAGCUUUGAGAACUGCCUCUCCAUGACGCCCCUGGUGGUGGUGGCAGCGUCGGCAUCGUGGCGGGCGGACGGCUUCGCGCACAGCUUCUGUCUUUAUUCGUUCAGCGUCCCGGCCGCUCUGCAGGAGGAGACUCGGCGCGAGCUGGAGGACUGGAGGGUCAGGCUGCAGGAGAGAUUUGAGCUGCAGGGCGUCAUGGAGGAUCUUCGUAUCAGUCGGUCCACUGUCACUCUUCCCUCCAUCUGUUUGUGAUUCAAUAACCUAUUUAAAAUAAAAUGCUCUGGAAAGUAA